AUGAAAUACGCCGUGUUAUUGUUGCUUCUUACGACGACCAUAAUCUACGCUCUGCCGGUCCCAGAUGAAGAUGCGACGACACCAGUCCCAGACAUAGAAGUCGUUGAAAUAAUUGACUUUGUGCCAGUCGUUAUACCGUUGAAUGAAGCUACAACAGAAGCACCAGAAGAUCAGCCUCACGAUGUCCAGAAGAGGUCCGCUGAACCAAUGGAAAUAGAAAGUAUUGACUUGGUAGGAGAGUCAGAGAUUGGUCAAGCAGACGACCUUUCAAGUCUUGACAGGAGAAUCAAAACUCUGCCAACGUGGGUUGGUUGA